CCUAAUCUUUUAUAGCCCUAACACUAUUGUGCUCACUCAAAUAUCUCACUUUUUUUUGUUUGUCUAAUGAAUGCAUUUUAAUGAAUUUAAAAAAAUGCAAGUGUGUCGAGUAGCCAUACAUAUGAACCCCGGUCUUUUACCUUACAUUGAUGAGUGCUGCGACAAUACCCUUAACAGUUGUGGCCAUUGAUGCCCCGACUUUUUCAGUUAGUGUCAUUAUUUAGUGUAGUGGAAUGGAGGGGAAAUGCAACUGUUUGUAAAAAAGGGAUUAACGUGUCGUGUCGUUCAACAAAGAAACCUAACUUUAUUUACAAUAUAUGUUUACAUUGAUAACUACUAAAAUUAAUGCCAAUGAUUAAAUAAUAACUAACUGUACUGGAAAGAAUUUCAUCUUUAAUAUUAUUCCAAAUUUUCACCAGUUCAACUGAUUUGUUUACAUCUCAAUUCCAACAGAAAAAUGGGGAAAAAAUCUUCUUUUAAUAAUGCACGAUAUAGCGGGAGGAAGAGAGGAGUCCAAAGGCCGACAACUGAUUAUCAUUCCCGAGAUUUCCACCGGUCCAAUUUGACUUCAGCAAUGGAUGCUUUUAAUUGUAGCAGGGCUUAUUGGCAUAAUAAUUCCCCAAGAACCUCUAUGACUCAUCACAAAUCAAAUGCUCCAAUGUCAAAUGAAAAUGAUUUCAACCAAUGUUCUUCUGUAUUAUAUGACAGUAACCAAGAGUUACCUGUGUUACCUAACAUUCAAGACGUAUAUUUAGCUUCAAGUCAUAGAGACGUACCGAUUGCUGCUAUAGAAAAGCAUUCGACAUCUAGUUGCUCGACACAAACAGACGAUAAGCAAGAUGUAUGUUCAGUGAAUGACCCCAAAUUGAGUGAAUUGUUAGAACGUGUUUUUUCACAAAAAAAUGUUACUGAAGACAAUGUGGCAGAUAUUUUCAUCAGAGAAUUAGUUUCAGCGCUUUACAAACUUACAGAUGUAUUAGUCGAAAAUAAAUUGAAUAUUCUUAAAGUAAUAGCUCUCAUCAUCAAGCUGGGCGGUGAAUGUUCAGAUAAAACAAAAAACCAAGAACCCGACACUCAUCUUCAUUUAUCAUCAUACAAAUCUGUUGAAUUUAACGACCCUAGAAUAAACGAAGUGUGUACAUUAAUGGAAAUUGAUAAGAAAAUUGAAGCCCUCAUGAAAAAAAAGAUGGAACUCUAUCCUCUCAUUUUAAGACCAACUGCUGAAGACAUUAUUAAUUUAGAUCAUGACGACAAUGACAGAACACCAAAUACUAAUAAUCUCGAGUCUCCAAUGGAAAUAGGCAGUUCGAUUAAAAUUAAAACUGAAAUAGAAACUGAUGAAAUUAAAAUUAAAAAUGGUGCCAAUUGUUCUACCACUGAUAAUUGUGUUCCUAUGAGUAAUGUCAAUGAUUUAUGUCAAAAACAGAGUGAUAUACUCAGGUUAGUUAAGCAAGAACUUCUGAUCGAAAGGGUCAAAACAGAGCCACCCGAAAAUGGAUUGUGCACUGAUGAUUCUAACACACCGUGCAAUUUGCUCAACACUCCAAGAACAGAAUUGCAACAAGAGAGUUCAAUUGCUCACAGUUUAACUCUUCCUUCUAAACCUAUUGAAGCAGAAUCUGUUAACUGCACCAGAAACUAUUCUCAAAAUGAAAACUCCAGUGAUUCAUCGUUUCCCAAGUAUUUCGAUGUGCCCGCUAAAAAUAAUAAAAUAACUUGUUUACAGACUUUUGACCAAUUAUUGAUCGCUGGCUCUUAUGACGGCUGUUUAAUGCUGUUUUCCACAACAACUGGACAUUUGGUAGAUAUGGUUUUUCCCCAUGAAAAACCCAUUGUAUCAGUUACAGUUUGUCAGAAUAAAAUUAUAACCGCAUCCCAUGACAGCUGGCUCAAGUGCUACAAUUUAGUUUCAAAAAAACUGAAAAGCUUAUCUGUGAGUUAUCCUAUUAGCUGUACCGAGGAAAUUGAUGGAAUUUUGUUUGUUGGUACAACCACAGGCCGCAUGAAUAAAUUUAACAUAAAGUCGAUGACAUAUAUAGCCAGUGCAAUUCAGAUAUCUCCUAGUAUGGUUAUUGCAAUAAAAUCUUACAAUGAACACGUACUAGUGGUGGCGUGUGAAGGGAAACCCGUGUCUCUCAGAGAUGCAUCAAAUGGAGCGAUAUUGCAGACCUUGAAACUAUUGAAUAAUUUAAAUGGAAUUGUUUUGACUAGCAACUCAGAGAAUAUUAUCGGCUGCAGGGAUGACUCUCUUCUUGUAUUGAAUUCAUUGACUGGACAGUUUGGGGUGUUCAAUAUAAACAUUGAAAUUUGCUUUCUUAAACACUACAAAGGUGUUAUAUUUGUAGCAGGCCAUGAACGUGACAAGAUGUAUGAGCCUAUUUUAUUGUGCUACUCUGAGUCAAUAGUAGCGAUUGACAAAAUACAUUUGCCCAAAGGAAAACCUCUUGCUCUGUUUGUGAUUUCUUGUUCGAAUAUGGUUGUGUCAACUGACCAAGUGGGGCUAACUGUUAUAAAUCUUCCAAAAAGUGUAUCCGAUAUAUUAAGAAAAAAAUAAUAAUUGUGUAUCCCAUAAUAAACCUUGUUUUAGACAGUUA